AUGUUGUCGAAAUCAUCACUCGCCAUCUUGGUGCUGACACUGGCCGCCACCAGUGUCCAGUGUUUCCCUGAGGGACGUGUCGUCAAUGGCACCUCCACCGAUAUUACCAAAUAUCCAUUUAUGGUAUCGUUGCGCGGUGCUACCGGUUCACAUUCGUGCGGUUCGAGUAUUAUUUCGCCACGUUAUAUUUUGACCGCUGCCCAUUGUGUCAGUGGACGUACACCCAGUCAAAUUAGUGUUCAAUAUGCCACCACUACGAUCAGUUCGAUGGGUGAUAAUGUUGUCCCCGUCAAGCGUAUUAUUAUGCACGAAGAUUAUAAUCCAGCAAAUUCGUAUGCCAAUGACAUCGCUUUGUUGGAAUUGUACGGUACCUUGGUAUUCAACUAUAAGACCUUGGCUCCCGUCAAUUUGCCUGAACCCUAUUUUGAAAUUGAUCAGCAGCCUGAGGGUGUACCUGGUGUUUUGGCUGGUUGGGGUUUGAAUGCGACCGGUGGCUACAUUCAAAACACUUUGCAAGAAGUCGAUUUGAAAAUCUAUUCCGAUGCUGAGUGCCAGGAGAGACACAACUACGAGACCAAUCCUCAAUAUCACAUUUGCGGUGGUGUCGAUGAAGGUGGCAAGGGACAAUGUUCCGGUGAUUCUGGUGGUCCAUUGUUGUACAAGGGCAACAUUCAAUUGGGUAUUGUUUCGUGGAGUAGAAAACCAUGCACCAUUGCUCCUUAUCCUGGUGUGUACACUAAGGUUUCGCACUACAUUGACUGGAUUAAAAAGAAUAUGGAAUAA